GCAGCCCGGGGUGGGGAGCGGCGCCGGCCCAGCCCGCCCGACCCCGGCCUCUGGGGGCGCAGGGGCCUCCGCGCGCGUGACUGCGCGGCCGGGAGGCGGUGCGAUCCCGCGGGGCUCCCCUGCGGGCCGUCCCUGAGCCCCAGGAGCAGGACCCGCUGCUCUGGGCCGGGCCCGGUCCCCGGAGCGCUGCCGAGGGCGCCAUGGAGACCCCUGCCCCGAAGCCCCGGGACACAGCUCUGCCCUCUCAGGACCCUGUACUUCCCUUCAAAGAGAAUCCAGAGGACACGUGGGGUCAGGGUCCCCUGGAAGCCAAGUCCGAGGAACUGGUGACUUUCAAGGACGUGGCUGUGGACUUUACCCAGGAGGAGUGGGGCCAGCUGGACUCGCCUCAGCGGGCCCUGUACCGCGACGUGAUGCUGGAGAACUACCGGAACCUCCUUGCCCUGGCAGGGCCUCCAGUCUGCAAGCCGGAUGUGAUCUCCCACCUGGAACGAGGCGAGGAGCCCUGGCAGGUGCCUAGAGAAGCCCUUGGAGGGGCGUGUCCAGACCGGGAGCCCAGGCUGGGGCUGAAGGAGGAGUUGUCUGAGCAGCGGGGCGUUUGCAAGGAAGAGCUGGCUCAGGAGCUGGGCACCGGGCAGCUGGUCAGGUCCUGGCUCCACAGCCGUGCUCCAGGCAGUGGGCCUGCCUGGGAGGGCCCAGCUGCUGCUCCAUCCCGAGGCGAGGCUGUGCUCUGGAAGCAGUCGCCCGCCAGCUGUGCAGAUGCAUCUGCGAACUGCUACCAGCAGGGACACAAGGCAUUUGAGGAGGAUGCUCCCUCCAGGUGCCCCCUCUUGGCCCAGCCAAGUGUUCCCACAGAAGCCGACUCUCCUGAUGGACAUGUGGAGAAUAUCCAGCCCAGAGAGGCAGGAGCGAAGCACCAGAUGACGUGCACAGCCAGGAACUCCUGCAAGUCCAGCAGACACGGAAAAUACCCGCCAGGGAGCACGCAGCAGGGUGCAGGCCCCGGGGAGGGUCUUUUUGUGUGUGGGGAGUGUGGGAAAGCCUUCCACCAGAGCACAUCCCUCACUCUGCACAGGCGCUGGCAUGCGCGUGAGAAAGCCUACAAGUGCAGCGAGUGUGGCAAGGCCUUCACCUGGAGCACCAGCCUCACUGAGCACCAGCGGAUCCACACGGGCGAGAAACCUUUCUUCUGCAUCGAGUGUGGGAAAGCCUUCAGCUGCCACUCGUCACUGAAUGUGCACCACCGGAUCCACACGGGUGAGAGGCCCUACAAGUGCAGCGCCUGUGAGAAGGCCUUCAGCUGCAGCUCACUGCUUAACAUGCACCUCCGGGUACACACGGGCGAGAAGCCCUACAAGUGCACUGAAUGUGGCAAGGCCUUCAACCAGAGGACACACCUGACACGCCACCACAGGAUCCACACGGGCGAGAAGCCCUACAAGUGUGACGCGUGCGGCAAGGCCUUCACGUGCCACUCAUCCCUGACCGUGCACGAGAGGAUCCACAACGGCGACAAGCCGUUUAAAUGCUCUUCCUGCGAGAAGGCCUUCAGCAACCGCUCACGCCUCACCCUGCACCAGCGGAUCCACACCGGGGAGAAGCCCUUCAAGUGCAGUGACUGUGGGAAGGGUUUCAGCUGCCACUCCUACCUAGUGGUGCACCAGCGGAUCCACAGCGGGGAGAAGCCCUUCAAGUGCAACGAAUGUGGCAAGGCCUUCAGCUCCCACUCCUACCUAAUCGUGCACCAGCGGAUCCACACCGGGGAGAAGCCUUUCGACUGCAGCCGCUGCUGGAAGGCCUUCAGCUGCCACUCAUCCCUCAUCGUGCACCAGCGGAUCCACACGGGCGAGAAGCCCUACAAGUGCAGGGAGUGCGGCAAAGCCUUCAGCCAGAACCACUGUCUCAUUAAACAUCAGAAAAUCCACUCUGGGGAGAAGUCGUUUAAAUGCAAUGAGUGUGGUGAGGUGUUCAGCUGGAGUGCGCACCUCGCCGAGCAUCAGAGGACGCACAGCGAGAAGCCCUUUGCCAUCCAGUUCAACAAGCACCUGCUGAGCACCUACUACGUGCCUGGCAGCCUGCUGGGCACAGAGGACACAGGUGUUGGCGGCGUAGACCCAAUGAAUGCCCUGGACAUGGCAGAGCUCCUGUGCGUGGCUCCGCCCCCAGCCAGCAGGAAUUUCCCCCUGGGCAGCAAGCCCGGGAACUGAGGUGGCGAGCUGUGGUGCAGCCCCUCCUCGCCCAGAAGGCGCAGCGGCUCACCUGCAGGCCACGCAGGUCUCUGCGGGCCAGGAAGCCGCCCUCCUACCCACGCGUUUGUCCAUGUGCCAGGCACCUCCCUUAAGUAAAGGUCAGCAGCUCCUCAGACGGGUUCCUGGCUUGAUUCUGAUCAGGAAUGCUUCCGGUACACCUUUGUUUAGAAUAAUAAUUUUAAAAAAAUAAGGAUUAUGAACAAUAUCACUUCCAAGCGAACGUCGUUAUAUUCCAGGAGGGGAGAGCGGCCUUGGGUGUGGAGGAGGGAAGAUGAAUUCCCAGACUCGCCUCCGCAAGCAGGCCUCUUGAAGAGCCAUUUAUCGACGACGGCCGCCCGGCGCGGUCCAGCAUCGGCGCGGCCAGGUCCUGACGUGCUGGCAUCCUGCCUGGCCGCCUAGUCCUAGGCGGGAAACAGCACACAGGCAGCUGCCCAGGCCUCCAGCUGCAGUGCCAAGCUAGAUGUACUUAGAACCAGCCUUUGUCCCAGCUGGGGAGGCUGCCUGCAGGGCCCCUCUGGGCACCGUUCAGCUCAGCCCAGCCCAGCCCCCGGGGAGGAGUCCCGCCCCCAUCCCAUGCCUUCUGCAGGGGUAGAGACGGUGUUCUUCCAGAAUUGUUCUUUCUACUCAGUUCUAAGCAAGUACUGUUGCCUUCUCAGCGAUGAUCCUUCACAUGCAUAGAGUGCUGCAGCUCAUGAAAAACUGCUCAGUAUACCUUUUAGACUAUGGAGGCAAAAUAACCACAUUGGAAAUGUGGAAUUAAGGGGGAAAAGGCCCAUGACUCUUAAUAAAACUGCAUUUUGCACUU